CUCCUCAAGGCCGGCGCAGACGUCAACGCCCAAGGCGGAGAAUACGGGACCGCACUCCAGAUUGCGGCAAUGAGAGGCAAUGAAGACACGGUCCGAAUGCUGUUAGAUAACAAAGCAUCAGCUCUCAUCGACCCACGAACACGAGACGACUCAUCUUUGCUCCAUGCUGCUGUGGCAUCUGGAAGCCUGGAAAUAUUGAGCAUUCUUCUCAAUAACGGCGCG